AUAUGACAGCCGGGCAAACAAGUAAGUUUUUUUUCAAAACUCUUGCUUCAGUGAAAUAUUUUCAGCAAUAAUGCUAGUAAACUUUCUCGUUUGUCGCAGAAUAUAGACAUCUUUCUCCAGAAUAUAGACUUCUUAGCUUAGAGGAGAUUUCGCGAGGAGUAUUUCGGAAGAAAACCGCGCUUCAAGUUUUGCCGCCUUUUAAUUUUACACCAUUACCUCGUUUAUACUGAACUGAAAUGUCUACAACCGUGCGGCCUCGUGUAUGAGGGAAGACUGGCACUUGUUAAACCCAAUAUGGCAGCUAUUUUUCUUUCAUAUGCAUAAACUCUGUAAAGACGCGAUCUCUAGCUAUAUUCUGCUUUAGGAACUAAUGUUAUGGCGGAUUUAAACAGCCAAGAUAUAACCGAAGGAGAGGCGGGAACAACAUCAACGUGGAUUUUAUUACAGAUUGCUGAUUCAGCCUUUCCUACUGGAGGAUAUUCUCACAGUUAUGGUUUUGAAUCAGCUACAAAACAUGGCUUUAUGACAGACUUUAAUGCAUUUAAAGUCUUUGUCUUGUCGUGCCUUCAAAAUGGAGCUUCAUUUAGUCUUCCAUUUGUCAAUGAAUCACAUAAGGAGUGUCACAAUGCUGAGAGAAUCAUAGAGCUGGAUCAGAUCAUUCAGGCCUACCUAAGUAAUCAUGUGGCAAACAGAGCAAGCUUCAGGCAGGGGAGCUCCUUACUUGAUACAGCUUGCAAAACAUUUGGAAAUCAAGAAAUGAAGAAUUUACAGGUCGAACUCGAAAACAAGCGCCUGCAUGGUCACUUUGCAGCAGUGUUUGGCUUCAUGUGUGGUCUGUUAGAGCUGUCACUUGUUCAGACUCAACAACUUUUUCUGUUUUCAACACUGCGAACGGUCAUUGCCAGCGCUGUGAGACUUGGCAAUAUUGGUCCUUUACAGGCCCAGUCCAUCCAGUUUGAAAUGCAAAAGACCGCGGAAGAAAUAAGGAAAAAGUUCGAGAAGUCCACCGUAGAGGAGGCGACCACUGCAGUCCCUGUGGCUGACUUCCUUCAGGGCGCUCACGACAACUUGUUCUCUAAACUCUUUUAUUCCUGACGAACGUCUUGUAGUCGCUUGGCAACACUCCUGAUGACAUUUGCGGCCUCAGAAAGAAUUCCGACCGAAACAACCUGCUACGUUACUUGACUGAGCUGCCAUGAGGAAACACUGUCUGAUGUGUCGUUUAGUAGUAAAGUGAACAUCGUUGGUUCAGGAACUUAAAUCAAAUGAAUCAAUUUCUAAUUCCCGCUUGUCAAUCACAACUAACGAGUUUACAAAA